AGGAGAGCGUCAGAGAGAGAAAAAAAAAAUUUAAUGGAAGAGACAACGAAGAAGAAGAAGAAGAUCGUUACUAACGAAGAUUCCAAAAAGAAGGAGCGUCAUAUUGUUACCUGGUCACAAGAGGAAGAUGAUAUACUUAGAAAGCAAAUCAGUUUACAUGGAACUGAUAAUUGGGCGAUCAUUGCAUCCAACUUCACUGAUAAGAGCACAAGGCAGUGUAGAAGAAGAUGGUAUACAUACUUAAACUCUGAUUUCAAGAGAGGAGGCUGGUCUCCUGAAGAAGAUACACUUCUGUGUGAGGCACAGAGAUUGUUUGGUAACAGAUGGACUGAGAUAGCAAAAGUGGUCUCAGGCAGAACCGAUAAUGCAGUGAAGAACAGGUUCACAACACUGUGCAAGAAGAGAGCUAAGUAUGAAGCAAUGGCCAAAGAGAACAGGAUUGCUUGUUGUGUGAACUCAAACAACAAAAGGAUGUUGCUCCCAGAUGGUAUUAGUACACCACGGAAAGUCGAAAGUGAAUCCCCUCUUGCUAAGAAAACGAGGAGAAGUCACAUUCCAGAUCUUAAAGAGAUCAGUAGCUAUGGGGAUAGAUCACAUAUAAAGGUUCAUUCGGGUGUGAACCAACAGGUGAGACCUCCAUUAACGGCUGUAGCCCACAAUGCCACAAGUAUCAAUAGCACGGAGCAGCAGAAACGAACAGACAGUGCGAAAGAGAGUGAUGGUGAGCAUAAAGGUGAGCACGAGGUGUUUCUUAAGAAGGAUGAUCCAAAGGUAACAGCUUUGAUGCAACAAGCCGAGCUUCUCAGUUCUUUGGCCCAGAAAGUUAAUGCAGACAACACAGAACAAAGCAUGGAGAAUGCCUGGAAGGUCCUGCAGGAUUUCUUGAAUAAAAGCAAAGAGAAUGAUAUAUUCAGAUAUGGAAUUCCAGAGAUGGAUUUCCAACUCGAGGAAUUUAAGGAUCUUAUUGAAGAAUUGAGGAGUAGUAACGAAGAUAGUCAAGCAUCUUGGAGGCAACCUGAUCUCCAUGAUUCACCAGCAAGCUCUGAAUAUAGCUCAGGAUCAACUGUAAUGCCGCAUUCAUCCGGGGAUCAAACCCAACAACCCGUGUCUGAUACUCAGACAAUAAUAUCUCAGAAGCAAAUUAGCACGGAGUUACUACAAGAUAAAGGGAUUGUGUCUGAUGCAGCAGUGGAACAAGUGGAUUUACUCUCGACCUCCCAUGAUUUUCUAAAGAACCCUGAUGAGAUUGUGCCUAUGACUGAUGACGAAGAGUUUAAGUCGCCUGUUCAAGUCACACCAUUGUUCAGAUCUCUAGCAGCAGGCAUCCCAAGCCCACAGUUCUCUGAAAGUGAGAGGAACUUUCUGCUAAAGACACUCGGUGUUGAGUCCCCAUCUCCAUAUCCAAGUGCUAAUCCUUCACAACCACCUCCUUGCAAAAGAGUCCUUCUCGAUAGCUUGUAA